UCUACAUGGUUCGAAAAUCACGGCCUCAAGUAUAUAUGUAUAACUAGAAGCAAUUCUUGAACGGUGUUCAAAUAUUACUGAACAAACAUGGAGUCUUCACUGCUACCAGAAACAAACGACCAAGAAGGCAAGUCUAAACUGGGAAAUCUACUCAAGGCUAACGUUGUGUUUCUUGUUUUCCAUUUGGCAAUCAAUAUCCAUGAUCUACUGGUGACACAAUAUCUUUACAAGAGGUACUCCGAUGAGGUGUUCGAUAACAAAGGGUCUGCCAGCACUCCAAAUCAAACCUCCAAGUGUUACGUCAAUAAGUCGGAUCCAGGAUAUAUGUUACAGGAAAUGGUUCAAGAAAGGACAGCAAACUGUCAAACUAUACUCACAGCCAUUAGAAGCUCCUUGGCAGUAAUCAGCUGUAUGUUCCUAGGGGCAUAUUCUGAUUUCCUUGGUCGACGAUUCCUCUUUAUAGUACCAUUAAUUGGAGAGUUUCUAAGGCAGUUAUUUCUAACAGCAGUUAUUUACUGGAGUCUAGAUCUGAAAUACCUGUAUAUAGGUGAGGCCUUAGAGGGUAUUUCAGGGGGGUUCAAUGGUGUGGCUCUAGCUAGUUAUGCCUACACGGCUGACAACACACCACCUAAGAACUCCCGGACAAUAGGCAUUGCGCUAAUAGAUUUCACCAGCUACCUUGCUGCUGCAGCUUCCUCAGCCAGUACUGGAUACUUUAUGAAAGACCUAGGUUAUCUCUACCCUGCCGUGACCACCACUUCACUCAUACUUCUCUCUCUACUCCUUGUUGUUGUUUUGCUCGCUGAAACUAUCAACACUGAUCGCAGACUUCAAUAUCCAAGUCCUGUGAAAGCAGUAAAAAAUGUCUUUGGAUUCUACUUUUCGAAAGAUUUUGGACCAAAGCGAAGCCUUUUCUGGCUUAUACUUGCAGCAUAUCUUAUAUCCUUUUUCAGUCAGACUGGUGUGUACUUUGUCCAAUAUCUUUUCCAACUAAACCUGCCUUUCUGUUGGGGACCAGAACUCAUUGGCUACUUUUAUAUGGCGUUGUCGCUUUCUCGGCAAUUACUGGGGAUUCCAGUCAUCAAACUCCUCCAUCUGUGCACCUCAGACCCAGGAAUAUGUAUCAUAACAUCUGUCAUACAGGCAGCAGCCUUUGCCCUUGACGGCCUGGCCAACACUGACGUCAUGCUUUUCUCAUUUGUUUUGCCCAAUGGUCUUGCAGGCCCUUUGUUGCCGACAGUAAAUGCUAUCAUGUCGAAAAUGGCGCCUGCUGAAAUGCAGGGAUCUCUGUUUGCCGGCAUUGGACUUGUGAACAUCAUCUCAGGGACUAUAGGGAUAACAGUUUUCAACGAGAUAUAUGAUGCCACUGUGAAAGUACACCGUGGUUUUGCCUUUUUCGCCUGUGCGGGAUUCCAACUGUUGUCUGCGGUUAUCAUAGUAAUAUUCCUGCUUGCUUCUCGCCGCAUCGUCGACACUGAUACCUCCACUGCUGUUAGUAUCAACGACACAGAUUGGAAACCUAGUCCCAUCAUCUCCAAGGAUAAGGCUAUCACCGAAACGAUGACGUAGUCUCCAUGGGCAAUGCUUAUGACUGUUGAAGACGUGUGUCAACUUAUUGUUGAAUCCCAAUCACUGUCAUAAAUAAUACAUGUAAUAAACUAUCUUUGAUAUUAACGCAUUAACUUGUCACACUAUUUUCAUUUUAGACCUUGACUAUGGCGAAAUAAACCUUCACUUAUAUACAUAAUUUAUGUAUUGUUAUUCCUUACAUACAUGUUGGUCAGUUUUUGAAAAACAUAGGCAUAUGUGUAGCAAUUAGUAUAAUCAAUAAAAUGCGCCAGAAUAAUUAAAACAUUAAGGGAAAUAUAAAUAACAUGCCCUCAGGCAUACACAGGUUGGUCGAGUUAUUAAUCACACAUGUACAAUAGGUCAGUAUGACACUGAACAGGGUGUUAACACACCACCACCAACACCACUAAGUCUAC